AAUUUCUCAUCUUCGUUAAAGUGUUCGAUUUGAAAGAAGAUUUUAUGUAAUUCAUGCAUUUCGUAGCCAUGGAAUAUGAAUAUUUUGGGUUAUCAACAAUUUUGGAAUCUAGAAAUGUUGGCCUUGUCUCAAGUUUUAAAGUUUGGAUGGCAGUCUCAGUUGAACCUUAAAAAUGCCAUAUGCUCUUUUUCUUUAAUGAUGUAAAUUAUCACAUUGAUAAUAAUCAGAAUUGCGCAUGGAAGUGCGUGCAAAGUAGACAACCACUUGCUAUGAAUGCUUCACUUUUCAAGGUUAUGCAUAGACGAUAAACAAACCCCUGGAAGUUACCCACUGAAGCUAUGCAUAUACAGCUAUCUUCUUUAUUUUUGAGUUUCCUUUAAAAGCUGGAGCUUCUUAUCGAAAGAAAAAAAGUUUGAGCUUGAUCCCAAUGCCGGCCCUCAGGUGGUGAGGACGAUAUUUAUCUGUCUUCCUUUGUAUUAUAUUUAUAUUAUACGCGAAAGCUCUAUUUACAGUGCAGAUGGUAUUUCUGCUUAUUUUUUAGCAAUGGGACUCGUGUUUGAGUCUUAUCAAUGACAUGUUGGCAGGUUUUUCAUUUUUUGAGGAAUUGUUGUUAGCAGCCAAACCUUUUCUCUUGCCAUCUAUAACUAAAUACUUUCCAAUGAACAUUUUAUCCAGUUACAGAAUAGUAGUUCUAGAUGCUUCCGGCUGUCAAAUGUCAGAGGAACCUUUCUGCUUGGAUGAAGCAGCAAGGUCUUUGAAACCAAAGGAUGAAUGCAUAUGUUCUAUGAGACUGUAAAAUCUUCUGUUGACACAGCUUUUGGAGCAUGUGAUAUUGAAGGAGGGAAUAGAGUAUUUCAAGAUGAUAUGAAAUUGCUUGACGCACCCUAUAUAUCCGGAGCCUUGUCAUCAUGCCUUGAUGAUUUGACUAACAAGGGUCUUUACCUUUUUGCUGUUAUACUAACAGGACGCUCAGUGAAGUUUGAGAAAACUCGUUGGAAGAUGAAAAGGGUUAUCAGAGAAUCUCUUCCAAAUGUUUUUGGAAGACAAGAUAAUCAUAAUGAUAAAAUGGAAAUAUCUAAACAGAUAUCUCAACUUCUCAAUGACCCACAAUAUUUCCAGGAUAAUUUUAUCACAUUUUCGUCCUCCAGAUUACAGUCUCAUCAUGCUGCUGUUAGAAAGGUGCUGGAUGGACUCAGGGACUUGCCUUAUGAGACCCUACUUGCAAUGCACAGAAAGCUUAAAGGAGGGCGACAAAGUCUACCGCAAUUACGGCCUAAGAAAAGUGGCUGGAAUCGAGACAGUCUAAUUAACCAAGUGAGGAAAACAAUUGAAAAGAUGCUUUCAGAACUUUCAAUAGGUGAUGAACUGCAGGAGCCAUUAACCAAAGCCAUGGCAGUAGUAGGCUUAUCACUGAAGUUGAUACCAGGUUUUCAUAAUUCCACCAUAACAGACUUUCACCAAUUCACACCAGAAAUAAAGAUAUUGCAGGAUGAGAUAGCUAGGGCUAUUUGGUUAGUUAAAACAAAGAUUAGAAUACCAGAGCUGAAGAACUUAAAGACUCUGUUAGACCCAAAUGCUAAAGUGUCAAACAGGAGUUUGCGAACAGCAAUUAGGAAAAUGCUAACUGAAUAUCUUUUUGAUUGUGGUGAUAUGGAUACCAUUCCCAAGGCAUUAUUAGAAACUCUUGUUGUUAUCAACAGGAAUUCACAAAGUAAACCGCAUAGACGCAUCACAAAAGAUGAAAUUGAAGCAGAGGUAGAAUGUAUACUGAAUGUGAGUGCUCAGGUAAAGCAGAUUGUUUGGGAUUUGUCCCCUGACCAUGACUUGGAUUUAGAUUUUGAUGACGCAUAUAUGGAAGAAAUGGAGGAAUGUGAUGAUGAUGAUGAUAAGUCCAAUGGUGAUGAUAACGAAAAUAAUGGUUGGCUAGAGAAAGAUGGAUUAUGUGGAAGUGAUAGAUCUCAUUCUAAUGAUUUGUUUUAUGAAGCUGAAAGUACCGCGGAGUCAACACCAUUUGUUUGCAAGCCACCUACUGCUGAAACUACCAGAAAUGACUGUUAUCCUCUCCUUACACCUAACAAAAGUGUACUUGUCGAGUGGCAGGAACCCAUGUUCUCCACUCAAGGAGAUUCUCUUGACUCCAGUAGUAUCAAAAGAGGGUUAGAUGGUAAUUAUAUUGAAAGACAUGAACCUGAAUGUAAUACUGGAAUGAACACAGAAAAGCUGCUGCAUCUCAAGCCAGAAGAUACAUAUGAGAAACAAACCACUUGUAAAAACAAAUACCUCGCAGUUCAAGAAGGUUGUGAUGAGACAAGCAUAAUUGCCUAUAAUCUCAUUGGUCACGUGUUGGAGGAGUUUGCAAAGACAGAAGGUUUGGAUUUAGACUGGGAUGAUACUUUGUAUCUCAGAGGUGAUUGUGCAACUCAAGAAGUGGUAGAAGAAAAGCAGACAUUUUCUCACGAAAACGAUGAUGGUUCUAUAAUUGUUCGAGUAGUUGAGGAACUAGUACCUUCUUUUCCAAAGAGUGCAUUAGAAGCAUUAAGGAAGUUGGUGGGCCAACUAUAGCAUCUUAUGAGGCUUUCGUGGUCAAUUUUCAGAGGACUCCAGAAGAAUAUGCUAAAAUGCUUUCACAUCCGUCCUCAAGCUUGUACUGCAGUUUUUUUCCUGUCCUCUCCUUUCCAUUCUGGCAGGAUUGAAGUGUGAGCUGAAAGAAGGUGCUUAGCUCUACAAUGAGGGUGAAAUUAAUAUGGACUGGCCCAUUCUUCUUCGUCAUUGGUGGCAGAGGAGAUCUGGUGUGGGGAUUCCAUUGACUGCUUCUUGCUCAUGGAAGAAGGCCAGUCAGCAGUCCAGUUGGAAAUUUGAGCUUUAACGAGAUGAUUGGAACUACAUAGGUGCUUGCAUGCGCACAGAUCUGAAAAUUUUGAUGGAAGUUAACGGUUUGUCCUGUGACUCUCGUCCACACUAAAGUAAUUUCUGUAGCUGGCCCAAGGAACCAUCAAUGUAGAACACUCAUGUCAUUUUUGGUUCAUUCACUCUUUGUUUGCUUAUGCUUUUAUGCAAAUAAUCAUGUGAUCACCUGGAAAUCAUGUGCAUUAGGCAGGAAGAUAGAAAUACCUGAGCAAGAAUGUAAAUGAUUAUUUUGACAUACAAAUUAACUGUUUUCUGCUCUCCACUGCAGCGAAAUGGAAGAUCGAUGAUGUUAAUGGGUUAUAAUGGCAUUUUUUGUGGCUUUGAUAAUCAGUUUCAGAGUGCCUAAAAAACUUUCCCCGCUCUUUGAGGCUUUGUAUGACGUUAAGGUGGCGUACAGGGAGGAAAGUCACCGAUCCAAAUCUUGCCAGCCUGAGCUUCUUUCGAAUUUACGUCUACGUGAUUGCAUGUCUGUUAAUGCUUGGCCUUGUAGCUCGGCCAUACCAGCAACCUUCCAUAGGUGGUAACCUUUUUCCUUUUUUGCUUGUCUUUAUACUGAGAACCUUUCUUAUGUAACUAAUAUUUCUUUAA